UCAUUAAAUUUACCAACUUUAGUCUACCGACGAAUAGUUCUUGAUUAUUAAUUCUUGUUGUUAAUGUAUAUUUGUGCCUCACAAUGGAUACUGAUAAGCUAAACCGGGAGCUGCAAAUUUUCCGUAACCACGUUAAAAUCUGCCGAGAAAACGUUAUCCACAAACUGGUGCGAGAUAUAAAAUUCUGGAAAGCCAAACAGGAAACGCAGUCCGACAACAACAACCAGCGGGCAAACAAAAAGGUGCAAUCGCUGGAAGCAACAUUCGAGUUUAUCCGCACACAGUCGGCUUCGGAACUGGCCAAAGCAGUUAUUAAAUUUAACCCCAAGCAAGAUGCUGCCAGUACGGUAGAGCACCGUGCGCUGAUGCGGUUUCACGAAAACAAAAAACUGCAUCCGGAAAUUAAAGCUCUGAUCAGACGGUUCGGACUCAAGAGCAAAAUGGAUGUGCUGGAUAAGUAUCUCAAGGGACCUGCCGGUUGUGCGAAAAAGGGUAAACAGCAGAAGAGGAAGAAGAAAAACGAAAAAAAGAAGAAAAAGGAGACGGAACAAGAUUCGGAAGAUCAAGGUUUUUGUGAGGUGGGUGAGAAGUCGGAGUCUGAUGAGGAAAUUGCGUCGGAUGAAGAUUCUGUUUCUGGUGGUAUGGCAGAAGGCGAUGGCAAAUUCGUUAAAGUUGCUAAGGCAACCGUAGAAACAUCGAACAGUAAGAAGCUCAAACGAAAGUCGGAUAAAAGUCGAAGCAAAACGGUGAAAAUAAAGAAAGUUUUUAUAGCACCAGAUGAGGAAGACGAUGACGAGGAAAAGUGCGUCAAAAUUCAGGAUAGCUUUUUCGUGACAAGUUCCGGUCAAAGUUACGUUGCCACAGCCCCUGUAGUGGACAGUAAAGAGCUAGAAAAAGAAGAACUUAGCUGGAAGCGAGCCGUCAAGCGGAAAGAUAUUUUCGGUAGGAAAGAAGAGGAGCCUAGCAAGCAAAAUAAAACGGAUGAUCUUCAUCCGUCUUGGAAGGCAAAACAGCAACAGAAGGGUAUAGCAGCGUUUGAGGGUAAACGAAAACGCUUUGGUGAUGAUUCAGUGAAAACAACCACGAAGUCGGCUUCGGAUAUGCACCCAUCGUGGGUUGCUAAACAACAGCAACGUACCCUGCAACCCUUCCAGGGUAAGAAAACUAAAUUUGAUCCGGUUGAAAGUGUGAAAUCGGAGCAGACAGAUCCGAAUCUGCAUCCUUCGUGGGCUGCGAAGCAGAAGCAGAAGGGCAUCAAAUCAUUCGCAGGAACGAAAAUUGUGUUUGAUUCAAUUGAACCUAUUGCUGCCGGUACAAAUAAGUCGUUAGCAAAGAGUAAACCAGUGCAGGUAACGGAAGCACAACCGGCCGAUGUGCAUCCGUCUUGGGCUGCCAAGCAAAAGGAAAAAGGCAUCAAGGAAUUUCAAGGUAAGAAAAUCACAUUCGACGAUUGAAAGUGUCUCUGCGUAGUUUUCUGUAUAAUAGCUUAAACUUUAACUGCUAAGUGGAAUAAAUAACAUACUGUUUGCGAUGUACUAUACCUGCUUAGAGGACAUCUGUUUUAUAAACACUGCGUGGCUUUGGUUUCGGAGGUCCACGCAACUGUAACUGUAGUUCGGUCAGCAGAUCAGGCCGCUUUGUGGAGAUUUUCGUAAAGUGCGCAAUCGCAAUCGGAAGCAGCACUU